CACAACAGAUCACAGCAGAUCACAACAAAUCACAGCAGAUCAGAGCAGAUCACAGCAGAUCACAACAAAUCACAGCAGAUCAGAGCAGAUCACAGCAGAUCACAACGCAUCACAGCGGAUCAGAACAGAUAACAACAGAUCACAGUGGAUCACACAGGAAAAAGGAGAAACUCCGUAACCAGACAUGAGGUCGGUCUCUGUUCUUCUGCUGCUGGCAUCGCUGGGUGCAGCCUUUAUACCGCUCCGUGCAGAUCCCGUUUUUGCAGUUGGUUAUGGCGCUAAACCGUGUCCACCAGGCAAAGAAUAUAACGAAUGUGGGAGCGACUGCACGCAGAGCUGCGAUUACAUGGUGAAGGGAAUGGUUUGUGCCGCUAUGUGUGCACCAGGAUGUUACUGCCCGAAAGGCACUGUAGAUAAUGGUUCUGGUGAAUGCAUAAAAAUGAAAGAAUGCUGCACAGGGAACACCACGUACACAAUGGGUAACGACUGCGGCCGCGUCUGCCCGUCACGCUUUAAGAUCGGAAUUGUCUGCACAAAGGAGCUUUACCUUGGCUGCUUCUGUAAACCCGGAUACCUACACCUGGGUGACAGAUGUGUCCUCACAGAGGACUGCCCCAAAAUUACCUUCCCUUAGACAGGAACCUUUAUGUCACAUGAAGAAUUGUCAAAAUAAAAAUACAAUGA